GUUUAGCGCAGGACAAGCUCGAAUAUCGUGGCCUGUCGCUUUUACUACUACGUAUGUAACAUCUGAUCCAAAUAAUUACAGGCUUGACAACCUAAGCCUCUCUCUAAUUACGUAUUAAAACGCGAACCUCGCCUCUCCGGCCAAUAUCAUGCAAGGAGCUAUUUCUUAAAAUCUCACAUUCAAUUCCUUGAAUCGCUCGUUUCUUUCUUUCUUUUUUUUUUUUUUAUAAUAUCUACAUACAUUACGACAUCAUGUCGUUCAGUUCCAAGGAUACGAAACUCUAUCGAGAGGACGAGACGACCGGGCAUAAGAGCCUCGGUGCGAAAGAGCGAGAAAAGCUUGUGCAGAAUUAUCUUCCCUCUCCGCCUAGUCGAUCACCAAGUCGUAGUCGCAAGAAGAAGCGAGAGACGUCCCAUUUCGGUGUUAGGAAGCUCCUUAAGUCGCAGCUCCAUGCAUUGCUAUACCUCCUUGUGCAUGCAAUCUUCUCCCUUUAUAUUCGAAUUCGCAUAGCCUACCAUGCUGUUACCCUUCGAGUUCUUUCUAUACUCAAACACCAUCAUAACACUCCGGAUUACGUUCGAAGAGAUGUUAGCGUAUAUAAACGGCUACCUAAGCAUGUCAGUGUAAUAUUGACCUUGGAGGAUGGAGGCAGAGCUGGCGAUGCCCUGGAGAAGCUUGUCAACGAAGCUUCCGAGGUAGCAGCAUGGUGCGCCUCGGCAGGUAUUCCUCGAUUAUCUAUAUACGAGAGAACAGGAAUACUUAAACGCUACAUGCCUCAGACACAUCGCGCUCUAUCGCACAAGCUCAAGAGUUGGUUCGGAAAGUACCAGGCUCCGCCUAUUACCCUCAUCACUCGUGAAGCAGCGCCUAUUUACUCUGUAAACCGAGCGGCAUAUACACAGGAUCAGGUUCCGCUACAGGUUAUACUUGUUUCCGAAGAUGACGGUCGAGAGGCAAUGGUGGAUCUUACCAAGGUUCUAGUGCAGAUGGUCCAGCAAGAGAAAAUAUUAGCCAGCGAUAUUACAUUGGACGUUCUUGACCAUGAGCUAUCUCAAGCCGUCAUGCCGGAACCAGAUCUCCUCAUCUCAUUUGAGCCUUACGUCGACCUACAAGGGUAUCCGCCGUGGCCUAUCCGGCUGACUGAGAUCUACUGCGCACCUGAUAACCAAGGCGUAGGAUAUCAGGUAUUCCUCCAGGGUUUACAGAAAUACACCGAAGCAACCUUCAAGCUUGGGAAAUAAAAUUAGCAAAUUUUCCUAGACGACAGCAGAGAGCAUAAUCGAACUAUACCUACAGCUUAUAGAACGCCUGUUCCUAGUUGGAAUUGUAGCUGGGCGCACAGACGUUUCAUAUACUAGACGUGCAAGAGGGAAUUGAGACGCUCGGUCGAUAUACCAGGGAUUUUACCGAGGCAGAAGUAAUCAUUUAAAUUUGCAGUGGCCAGACCCUCGUGGCUACAAGGGACAUCCACUCGGCCACUAUGAAUGGCAGUCAUAUGUAAAUAUAUUUUAUAUACCUCUUAUAAGCUAUAAGAGGGUAGGUACUGCAUUUGGGACACAAGCAUUGUGUUGUUGUUAUUCCAUCGGCCGAUAGAAGGGUUCUUGGAGUUCUUAUAAAAUUACUCACAGGUUAACAAGAACCAUAUAAGUGUGUCGUUGAAUUCAAAUCUGCUGAUCUAAUUCAGCAGAGCAGAGGUAAUGAAAUAGACAUGUGAUUGACAACUGCAAUUCAAGUCUAGGAAAAAGUCAAUUGGUUCCUACAAACUUAUGAUAUGCAUUAUCUGACGAUCAUGAGUUACUCAGCUUUCAUCAAUUGUACCUACUUAAGGU